AUGGGAUACUUCGGAAAUAAAAUAUCAAGAAUAGGUCUUUUAAUACUGGUUCUAUGCCUUCUGCAAGUUAAUGCCCAAAUUCAGUGUUCGGACAAGUCUCCAUGUCCAGAGUCAGCACCUUGUUGUUCAGAAUUUGGUUAUUGCGGUACCGAUCGUUUCUGUCUUGGCGGUUGCAACCCUUUUCUUAGCUUCAAACCGACUUCAUGUGCACCUAACCCUAUCUGUAUAAGCAAUCUGUACACAUUUGAUAAACCUGAAAGAUUACAACCAACCAGUUCGUAUACUGGUGGAACGGAUGUCGACUUUACUUACGAGGGGCAACCAUUAUUCACGGGCGGAAAUUUAAUUAUGAGUCUUGCCAAAGGCACUCAAGGCACGCGUGUCUCGACUACAAGAUAUUUGUAUUAUGGUAGGGUUCUUGCUAAAAUAAAGGCGGCAAGGUCUGUCGGUAUCGUGACUGCUUUCAUUACCAUGUCCAAUAUCAAAGACGAGAUUGACUGGGAAUUUCUCGGCUACGACUUGCAGACUGGUCAAAGUAACUACUUCUAUAGAGGAUAUAUAGACUACACGAAGGGCGUCAAAGAGCCAGUUGGAGGAAAUAUCUACACUGAUUUUCAUGAAUACGGGAUCGAUUGGUCACAAGACCAACUCUCAUGGUUAAUUGAUGGCAAAAUUGUCCGUACAGUAAAGAAAUCUGAUACUUAUAACAAAACAACAGGAAACUAUGAUUAUCCUCAAUCACCUUCUCGUAUCCAACUGUCAAUUUGGGAUGCUGGUGACGGUCCUGAAGGCACCAAAAAUUGGGCUGGCGGUGCAACUAAUUGGAAUGCUCCAGAUAUUCAGUCGCCAGGUUAUUUUUAUGCCCAGGUCCAAUCUGUAGUCGUAGAGUGCUAUGGUGUACAGGGUGCGGGAAAUAUCAAAGUAGAUCCUUCCUGGGGUUCGGUCGACAGCAGCGUGAACAGUUACGUCUAUGAUGCUAAUGGAAACGUUACUAUCACUAAGAGUGAUGUCACUAAAGUUAAUAUUACAACACCACCGAGUCAAGGAUUACCGCAGUCUCCUGACCAGAAUCCAAAUACUAUUCCAAACAUUACUGGUCAAUAUGUGGCUGAUGCAAUAGCUGCUGCCGCUAUCGGAUCACCUGCUGUUGUUAGUACUUCAAUUGCCGUCUUUGCUGCAAUUGCACUCGGUAUUUUUGUGCUCUAA